UGCGUAGGGACUAGGGAGCGAUCUGAGAACUCUUUCCUCAGACCUGAACUUGAGCCCUGCGCUGCAUGGGAGUAUAGGUAGCUCCUCUAGCUAGAUUGUAUACCUUAAUAAAGGGCGAGGGAGAGAAAAGGGGAGAGCCGGAGAGGAAGGAGAAUGGAUAGAGACUGGGGAUCGAAGCCAGGGAGCGGAGGCGCGGCCUCCGCUCAGAACGAAGCUAUCGACAGGAGGGAGCGGUUGAGAAGACUGGCUCUUGAGACCAUUGAUCUCGCUAAGGACCCCUACUUCAUGCGCAACCAUCUCGGCAGCUACGAGUGUAAGCUUUGUCUGACGCUGCACAACAACGAGGGGAAUUACUUGGCCCAUACACAGGGGAAGCGCCACCAGACCAAUUUGGCCAAGAGAGCUGCCCGUGAGGCUAAGGAGGCCCCCGUUCAGCCUCAGCCCCAUAAGCGCAAGGUUGCGCUGCGCAAGUCAGUCAAAAUUGGUAGGCCUGGUUACAGAGUAACAAAGCAAUUUGAUCCAGAGACAAAACAGAGAUCACUUCUCUUCCAGAUUGAAUAUCCUGAAAUUGAAGACAACGCAAAGCCACGACACCGAUUCAUGUCAUCCUUUGAGCAGAGGGUUCAAUCUUGUGAUAAAAGAUAUCAGUAUCUCCUGUUUGCAGCUGAACCGUAUGAAAUCAUUGCUUUUAAGGUUCCCAGUACGGAGAUUGACAAAUCCACACCCAAGUUCUUUUCACAUUGGGAUCCAGAUUCAAAAAUGUUCACGUUGCAAUUGUAUUUCAAGGUCAAGCCACCAGAGGCGAAUAAGCCUCAAGCUGCACCUGUACCUGCUUCUAAUGGCACUGCAGCUCCUGGUGCCCCACCAAGGCCCUUGCCUCCACCACCCCAAGCUCCGCCACCACCACCGCCACAAGGACUUCCUCCUGGUGCUUCUAUAGCUAAUCCUCCAAGAGGUCCACCACCUCCUGGAUCUGCGCCACCGCCACCCCCACCAACGGCAAAUGGCCCACGGCCCAUGCCUCCUGGCGGAACUCUACCAGUCCCACCACCUCCUCCAGUUGGUAGUGGAACAAUGGCGAACUUCACCCCAGGUGCUCAGCUUGGUCGGCCAUUGAUGAUGCCUCCACAAGGUUUUCCGGGUCAACAGCUUCCAGGCCAAGGAGCUCGGUCUGUCCCCCCACCUCCAAACAUGGGACAACAGGUUCCUAGGCCACCCAUGCCUUAGAGAGGAUGGUGGUUUCUGUUCUGUUACAUGGUAGAGAGGAUGAUGGUUUUGCCAUUCUCAACUUGAACUUCGGUAGUGUAGCAGUUUAAGGCAUCUAUCCAUGUUGAAUUUUGUUCUGAUUAUUACUAAUAAACUUGUCUUCUGAAACAUCGUCUGUUUACUUUCUUCUUGUAUACGGUAAGCCUCAUGAAUCAACAAUAUACGAUACUGCACCCGUGGCACCGUUUUCCAUUUUGUGAUCUGCAUGGCGGUUGCACUUGCACAUAUAAUAUUGGCAAAGACAGAGAUGCGUAUUGCACUCA